CUAGUCUAGGAUUUUUUGUCUAUCAAUCUACGAAUAAGUACGACACGAUGUAUAAUUUUGUUUACAUAUACCUAGUGAAUGACGUAUGUUUUGCGUAGUUAACGAUUAGUGAAGGGCACACAUAAUAAUUAUGAAUUUAUUUUCUAUGUAAACUGAAGAUACGACGAUUAAACGCAAGUAAAAUGCAAAAAGCACAGAUGAAUAACUCGACGUGGCCAUUUCAUACAAAUGAAAAUGCCAAUUCUGGUAAUCCAUGGCCGGAACUUUGCCAAAAGAAUGAAGUUAAACAUUCUGCACGCAAGAAAGAUGCUGCAAACGCAAAAGAGGGUCUUAAUGUAGUACCCUUGGAUAAUUUUGAGUUUCCUGAACUUGGCGGCACAGUUGUUAAAAACAAGAAUUCUAUUGUACCGAGAGAUCAUUGUAUGUCAAGGCCUGAUAAUGUACAGAUUUUGGUACCUAUGCAGACAAAUAUGGAAUCAAAGAGAUCAAAGUGCAUAAAAAGAUACAAAAGAUCGGAUAAAAUUUGUAUUAAUCUUCAAGAAGCUUUACAGAAUACGAUAUAUGCAAAUAAAAUGAGCAAAGAGGUUCCUAAAUUAAGAAUUAAUCUAUUAUAUAUGGGCAAUCUUGGUUUCACAAUACCAAAUACAAUGGAAAAAAAUAAAUGUUCUGACUUUAGAAAAGUUAGGAUAUGUAUUUCCAAGGACAAGAAGCCUUCGAAAUUGAAGAAAAUAAUUCUGUUAAACCGUGAUAUUAAAGCACAAAUUAACAUUGAAAAGAGAGCAGCAUUUGAACGUAGAAAAAUGGAUGCUAUUUGUAAAGAUGUUGAUACUAUUAAUUUCGAUGCUCUGAAAAUUACACCAGAUUCAGAGAGAAAUACAGACUAUGUCAGGAAUAUGUGGACGAUGACUCUGUACGAUAAGAAUUACAGAAAUAUAAAUGAAAUGAAUAUUUCUGAUGAUACUCUAUCUCACAGGCCAGAUGUAAUCGAAAGGAUAAAUGAUCUUGGAAUUCAAGGAAGGCAGUUGACAAACAGAUUAAUUGGAAAAAGAAACAGAACAAGUUUUUCUAAUCUUGUCACUGACAUUGUUGAAAAUGAAAUCAUUAAACAGACUUUUUCUCUUAAAAUCGAGGAUGGAAUUAAACAAGAAAAUCAAAAUAUCACAGAAAUAGAUGAUAAAAAUUUUAUUAAAUUUUCAAAUAAUUUUAGAGAAUACUGCACUAACGUGUUAACAAAAGGCUUGAACGACUCUCUUGAAAAGUUCCUACAGGAAAUUACAAGACUUCAAAAAAGAUCUUAUGAGAAAAAUCCAAAUAAAUCUAAAUAUAAGCGCCGCUACUAUUCCGGUUUGAAAGAAGUUCGUAAACAUGCCGAAUUGAAAAAACUCAAACUCGUAAUUAUCGCUCCUGAUAUCGAAAAAGUUGAACUUGAUGACGGAUUAGAUGAUCAGAUUUAUAAAAUGGUCGACACGUGUAAAAGACAAAACGUAGUUUUCUGCUUCGGAUUACGAAGAAGGAAAUUAGGAUAUUAUACUCACGGAAGAGGAUUCGUGGGAUGCAUUGGUAUUGCAAAUUACAGCGGAACCGAACCACUUUUCGAGCACGUUUUAAUCGAGCUUGUGCACGCACGGAAUACGUUCGAAAAACUAAAUGGCGCCAUGGAAACGAAUAUCGAUAUAUCGAAAGUGAUCUCGGAGAAUUUUUUACUUUCGGAAAAUAUUGACGCACUUUUGAAAAUUUUAUCUCAUAAUAUGCAUCCUUAA